AUGGGUUUUAUUGGCGGUGGAGAAGAAGUUAAAAAAGCAAUUUUGAAUGGUUUGCACAGUAAUGUAACUCAGCUUGAAAAGCUUUUGAAAACAUCUUGCGGAGGGGAGGGGUGUUGUAAGAAUGUUGAGGCAAUUAAAAACCUUAAUGAUGUCAAUGAUAAACUUAAAAAACACCUUAAAGAUGAAACAAAAACCUCUAAAAAACUUGUUGACAUCCUUUCUGCGUGCAAUUUAAAUGUCCAUGAUGAUCCCUUCAAUAAGCUUCAAGAGCCAAUUAACCAAAAAAUUCAGGAGCUUAAUCAAAGAAUUGAAGAGCUUAAAAGGCUUAAUAAUGAUGAUAAUAAAAGUAAAAAUGCCUCUGAAAUUGACAAGCUUAAUAAGGAUCUUCAGUCUCAUAAUGCUUCCAAGAAGUCUCUUGAGACACUGAAAGGGCUUUGUGAAUAUGCUGAGAAAAUUGAUCAAAAAUCUGAUAACACUAAAAACCUUUUAAAUAACCUCUGUGGAGGUUUAGAAAAGUUUCUCGGCUACCAGGAUGGUAAUUACACCGGAGAAGGAAUUGUGUACUCCGACCUUGACAGGCUGUGUGACGGGGUGAUGUCUUUCCUUCAUGGAGUUUUACAUAACAUUCAUGGCCAUUUAGGCCAGCAUAAAGACACUUUGACUAGCGCACUUACGUCACUUAAAGACACAAAUCUUAAUGGUAUUGCUAAAUACAAGACGGCGAUAGCCGCGGUGGCCGAUGGUGUACAUACAUAUAAUGUGAAUGUGGCAGCGUCGAAUUCUAUCGUGAGCACGCCGAUGAAUGUGUUGAUUAAAUACGUCAGAAAUCGAGGUGAAUUACUUGGUAGCAUUAAUAGGUUUCAGGUGACGGAGGACAUGAAGGAAGAUGUGCUGGAGGCGGCGGAGAAGACAAUGAAAGAGAAAUUGACGGAAUGCCGGCAGAAAGCAGAGACCUUUAACACAGCUUUUAAUCUUCAGCAACAAACAGAUAUGCGUGAUUCUAUUAGUAAUCUGAAUGAGAAAUUGCGUGAAAGUGUACAUGUGGCGUUGAGGGCGGUGAGCCAUGAGACGGAGAGGCUGAAGGCCUUGUCAGGUAAGGAGAGUAAGGACUUUGAUACUAUGCAGGCGAAGAUUAAGAGUGUACUCGAGGAACUUGGGACUUGCGUGAAUAAGAAGAUUAAGGAGGACGUUGAGAAGCUAGUUAAGCAGCUGAAGGAGGGAGUGAAGACCAUUUUGGAUGACCUGAAAAAAAUUGAUAAGCAGCUGAGAGAGUACGUGCAGAAAUUGGAGGAAUGGAUGGAGAGCGCUAAGAAAGACAUCGAUGGGAUAAGGGAGAGAGAUGUCAAGAAGAUACUGGACGAGACGACGGACGGCGUAACAGGUAAGAAGCUUGACAUUGAGGAUGCUGUGAACAAGGAUCUUAAAAAGUGGAAAGAUAAGCUUGAGAGUUAUACAUCGCAGUUUACGCAGUUGACGCAGAAUGUUGAUGCGGCGAUGAAGGCGCUUGGGAGUCAGUUUAGAGAUCUCGCCAGCGGCGGCAGCACACCGCCGGAAAAUAUUGAUAAGAUUUUUGAAAAGAUUAAGACGCAAGUGGGACAGAUUAAAAAUUCUCCAGGAGGCCUCCAUGGAAUCGUUGGUGCCGGUGGCAGUUAUAUAACAAACAUCGUCACACCCCUUAAUACUCUCAACUCCAACGCUGUUAACCUCACCAAAGAGUUCAUCGACGCGCAGGCGGCGGAGCUGGAGAAAAGGAUAGAGAGGCAGUUGGAGAGUAUGCCGGAGAGUGUGCUUAAGGGGCAGAGUGGACACAGUGCGCAAGGUGGGAGUUUGACAAUGCGAUUGGAAGGUUACAAAAGAGAACUUGAGGGAUUAAAAUCGCGGUAUGGAGGUACAAGUCAGAAGACUGACUUUUCGAGUUACAAAUCUCAAUUUGAGAUUACCCGUAACACAGUGGAAACUAUUAUAUCUCAACUUAACUUUGCUUAUCAUAGUGAGAUUAAUAAAGAGUUGUCAACCUUAAGUAACGAGGUUGAACAAAUAAAAUUUCAUUCAACGGUGAAAAACACGGACCAACUCAUGUCUAUCACACUAAAAGUCAAACUUUGCGUCGAAAGGCUGACGCAGCUUUGUCAUAAUGCCGGCGCAAAAAUUGACAAUCGUAGAAUGAGGAAUUCUGGAGAUCCCAAAACUCGACUACAAAAUGUUUUAAGUCAAAUUGCGAACCACAAUGGUUCAAGUACAUUACCUUCGUUGUUACGAUCAGCCCAAAGUGAUCUCUACAAUGCCGUCUCACAAGCUCAAGAUAUCGCCAGGGAACUUGCCAGCCAAAUCCAGCAGCAAAACCCCGACCAACGUGGUGGGUACGGAGGUAGCUACACGGCUUGGCCAGCAGCAUAUGGCCGUAAUAAUUACGGUCUCCAGUCCACCCCCGCGCCCACGCUAAAAGAUCUGCUCGAGAAGUUCGAACAAGAUGUUAAGCAGCAACUUUCAAAAUUGACAACUAACGUCGGCAAGACAUCCGCUGACCGAGACAGCGUCUACAAAGAAUUGAACACCGUUAAAAUCAACGUUGACGGCCUGAACAGUAGUCUCGAAGCGGCGACUGGACAAUCCGCCGGAUCCACUCCCAACCACGCCGCCGAUGUCGACAAGGCCAUCGAGAAACUCAAAGACACCGCCACGGAACUCUCCGCCAAUUAUAUCCCGCAGAAGCUGGAAGGAGUUGCUCAAAAAAUCAAAGAGCAUCUGGAAACCCUGACGAACGCUAUAAAAGAAACAACGCAAGGCGUCAAAAAGAAAUUGGAGAGUCUCAAAAAUGACAAAAUUGGUAACGCUGCAAAUAGCAAGACAAUUAAGCAAAACACUCUGCAAGAACUCCACGCUAAAUUCCACGAGCUGCAAUCCGGUCUGGUGACCAAGGCCCUCAAGGCAGCGCAGGCGUUCGCAGACUAUGCCGACAGGGCCGGCGCAAACAUCAUCGACCCCCUUAAGCAGCACGUCAACAAUGAAGUCAAAAAGGCGCACGACAGUAUCGUGACCCACGCCCGCAAGCAUCACGUCUCCUCCAUUCAGUCCCUCCUCCAGCAGUUUGCCGCCAAGGUUGAGAAGGAGUUGGAGGAGUUGCCCAAGGAAAUUGAUCACGACUUGACAAUUGGGCACAAAGGCUUUAUGGCAAAAUUUGAGAAGCAGUUUGUCAACAACAUUAGAGGAAUUUCCGCAAUUCAGACUACAACUACGCCAGCGGCAAAAUCGAAGGGCAAGCAGAGAUCUCCACUGAGCCAAUCGGCCUCAAAAUUAAAGAUGGCACUUGUGUCAUUUACCAUGAAAUUACAAGUCCAGGAUGACUUCAAGUCUGACUCCGAGAAAAUCAAUGCUUCAAGUGAAGCUCUGUACAACUUACUUACCAACCUGACCACUUCCCAGCACUUCGACGAUGACUUCCGUCAAUAUUUGGAGUCACUCCACAGUGCUGUCACCGCUUUCAAUCCUUCGUCGUACGGCGAAGCCAAGAGCCCUGUGCUACUAAACGCUCUGAAGAAAGGCUUCACGUCCCUUGUCUCCGAACUCCAGAGAGCCUACGUCUCGACAUACUCCCAGAAGACAAUUAACUGGGAUAACAUCGGCCAGGCAGAGAGAGAAAAGUACGCUAAAAUAUGUCUCACUGUAACACCAAUCUUACAUAACACGUUGGAGGAGCUCAAACAAGAGCUUGAGAAAUCCGAGAAUUCAUGGAAAUCACAUGUUAUAUACAAUCCUAAUAAUGUAGAUUCUAGCUUACAUAAAUUAUUCUUCCGUGACCACGGUUACGAUCCUUCUCUUCCAGAAAAUACAGCGCACGGCGAGUUGAACCAUAAGCCAGAGUGCAACGGUUCGCGUAUACUUCAACAUCUUACGAAACAAACACAUACACUGUUUGCAGCCGGCGAGGCCGCUGACGCCUCGGCUCUCCGUACUGCAGAUUCUCCUGAGUUGACAGUCGACGUUGUCCAGGAGGACGGCUUAGUUGAACAACUGUAUGCCUACCAUGAGCAAUACGUUAAGGCAUGCCAUCGCACUAUUACCGAAAAGCCCCGUACGCCGUGUAGUAUAUACGAACAAUUAGCUUGGCUGUCUGGCCUACAAUUUAAUCCUGUAUAUGGUCCACUUUGUGGGUACUUUAAGACAUUGUUUCCUAAGCCUGCAACUCGACAGUCGGAACCGUAUUCUAAUUUCAAUAGCGACGAACUAAGCCUUUCCGCCACUACUCCAUUCAAUGCUAAAACUCUGUCCGACACCCUUCACGAUGUUUGUUCCCGGUCCUAUCCCAUGCUUACCACGAUCCUUGGUAACGGUCACAGUGACGGUGUAUAUGCCGUUCAGUUCUCUAACAACUCCUUCGGCCUAUCAUAUCCCUCUGCUCCAUCACAGUGCUUUGCUCUUCUCGCGGCAAUUCUGAAUAGACUCUAUGAACAGUUGUGUUUCCUACAUCAACGAUGCCGGUAUACAACUCAGUUGAACGGUUGGAAUGACUGCCAUUAUGGCCGGGGAGUAGGCGGAUCAUCGUGGAUCUGCAACGAUAAGCAAUGCCCUGACCAAACAGCUCACCAAAAGUGUACCCAACGGGGUGACCAAAUAUGUGAGCAAAAUGCUAAGUGCGGUUUGAAAUCGCCGUUACAAUCAUUCCUGGAAGAUGGCCUAGUGGGCUUUCUCCCGCAUCCUGUUAGCAACGUUGGCUGCGGAAUUACAUGUUCGCUACCCGGCCACUCCAGCAUGCCCUGUAAAACGCCAAUGGGCUUUAAGAACAUCAGUACUCUAGCAUCGCAUACCCAGAGGGGUGAAUAUAUUUACAGUGUACUUGACGCUUUCUGCGGUCAGUCUAAUAAGCCACUCAGCAAACUUUGUGGUUACAUUACGUGCUUGUCGAACACGCCGCCGAAAUCACUCGGCGAGAUGUUCGCGUUUUAUUACAGAUUUCUUUAUGACUGGGAUAACAAGUUAGCUCCGGAGCGUAUGUUGCAUAGGGAAACAGCAUUUAGGACAGCAGUGCAGGAUGCCAACUUCAAAAAUCCAGACACCACGUUAGAUGUUAAUUCAAUAUUCGCCAACGACAAAUCAAAUACGCAUGUCAACGGCAAUUUGAACUGUCUUAUCAGUUGUGAUCAAUCGCAAGAGUCUGGGAAAAAAUGCGUUUCGGAAGCACAAAAUGGAUCAGCGGCAAAGAGAGUCAGAGGGCGAAGAGGACGUGCAAUGAUUUUGUUGAACAGCUUGGAAAGGCUGUGCGACGGGGUGAUGUCUUUCCUUCAUGGUGUUCUUGAGACUGUGAAAGGUGAUGAAAACGUCACGAAAUAUGAUAACAAUCUUCAGGAGCCUAAAUUGGAUAAACUUCUUAAGGAACUUUCUUCUUCCAUAGGUAAGGGGUCUGUCGCUUUGGGUGAGCAGGUUACUGCGGUGAGUGACUGGCUUGGGAGGUAUGAGAGUGAGGUGAACAGUAAAACUGAUGAGGUAAAAAAUCCUAUUAAAUUUCUAAAAGAUAGGAUUGGAGGUGACAAAAAUCUCAUUGAAGGAGAAAAUGAGAGAGAUCUUUCCCUGCAGAUUUAUUUUUGGGGGCAGCGUGCUAAGGAAUACAUUAAGAAGGCGGAAGAGGCCGAUAAGGCCCUGAAAAACAUCGAUCCAGCACUCUCAGGUAAGUUAACUCCGAACAUUCAAAUGCUGUUGCAGGCGACGACGACGUUUCAAGAGGCGGCGGGGAAUGAUGAUUUGAAGGCGAUGUACGAGAUGGCGCGGGAGAGGAUGGAGAAGGUGAGUGAGUAUAUCGGAGGCAGAUUUGAUGGAUGGAUUGGAGGGAUUAAGCAUUAUUUGACAAGCGAGAUUUCGAAGUUGAGUGGGAAACUCGAUAUUUUUGAAAGAAGCGAUUUUAAUAAUUUAAAAACGUAUAUUAACUCCGACCUUCAGCAGGCGUUCCAGACGGUGAGCGAAGGGAUCGAUAGUCUUGAAAAAAGGUAUGGAAGUGAGAUUGUUGACAAUGCUUUACUGCUAAAGAAUGCAUCAACACAAUUUUCUGAUCGAAUUUCGACAACUCAAAAAGCAAUCGACAAAGCGAUUAAGGAAGUAGAAGAAGACAUCGAGAAGUUUAAAGAGCUCUCGAAAAUUGAAGAAAUUAAAAAGGACAAAAGCAGCAAUGUUACGGCAAAAUUACUGAAAGCAAUCGGCGGUACUGAAGACCCUUUUAAAUCUAUUAAAGAUUAUUUUGGCAAACUUGACACCGAUGUCAUGACGCCUGUAAAGGAGGCCAUAGAGAAGAUUGCAACCGGGUUAGGAAAUCUUGUUAAGGUCGGCAGAGAUGAGAUGGAGAGUGCAUUUUCAAGUGUUAAAGAGGAACUUAGAAAGAAAAUUCAAGAUGUGCAGAAAUUUGUUAAUGGUACACUUCCAUCCACCGAAUUAAAUGCUCUUAACACACUUCUCGGUGUUGACAUAAAGGCGCCCGAUCUCAAAAGGUAUGACUCCCACGUUCAACGUGUAGCAAAAAAACUCAAUGGAGGUAGUGAAAAAUUGGAAAAAGGAGAUAUUAAGAAUCUCCUCAACGUCUUACGGGAAGUUGCUCAUACUGCAUCCCAGCACUCCCACCAGGUUGUUGGGGCGGUCAUGAAUAAGAUUCAAUCGAAGGUUACUGAGGAUAUUAAAGCCGCCGCGGAGGCAUUAAAAAUAAAAGUGGAGAAACUUAAGGAGGGUGUAAAUUACAGUAAUGAAUUCGAUAUUGAGUACAGCACGAAGAAUUCAGCCCAAGGCCUCAAGAAGCUCAUGGGUGAUUAUGAAAAUAAUAUUAAGAAUAUGAUUAAAACACUGAAUGAUAAGGUUGGCACGAACGGACAUUCCGCAGAAAAAAGUAUCUACAAGGAUCUGAAAACGCUGCAAGAGAAUAUUGCACAGCUUGACGAACGGAUUAUCACGGCUAAGCAGAAUGUCCAAACAGUUCAAACUGAGCUCAUUGGUUGCAUCGAUCAAGCCGGUAAACUCCUCAAAGAAGCACCCAAAGAAGCUGAAAGAAUCAUGAACAAACUCUGUCAAGACGUAAAUGACCAAAUUACAAACGCCUUCACCGACCUCCAAACCCAAGCCAAAUCCCUCUACACCUCCCGCAAGACAAAGGAAGUCGCAGCCCUGCAGAAGAUCGUUGGGGAGCAGUUUGAAGAAACUAAAAACACAAUAAAUAGAGAUAAGUUCAUGGGUAUAAAGGGAUUACUGAAGAGAAUGAAGGAGAAUGAGAGCAAUUUUGUAAAGAUGGCAACGGUUCUAAAUCCGCUGGAGGGAGACCAUUUCAAAAAAAUGGCCUCACUUGUCGAGAGUUUAAUGGACUCUCUUCUGGAAUACACUGAAAACCAAGCAAAGACGCCGAUUACUGGUCAUCCUUUAAAAGGACUGGGAAACUUCCAAUCUAACAAUGUUUGUGAUAUUCAGAAGAGAUUUGUCACAUUGCUUGACUAUCUUAAAAACCACAAUAAUAUUACUAAUUUAGAUCAGUCCAUUAAAAAACGUAUUUACAUAUUUGACGAUGUCUCCACCAGAUACCUUACCGAAUUGAAUGACUCCAUCUCCGCCCUCUCCCCCUCCCACUUCCACGGCUUCCACAACCCGCUGCUCCUCGACGCCUUCAAGGCCGGCAUGGGCAAUUUCACCCAGCAACUCGGACACGCGUACGUAAACAAGUAUAGCGGGAAAACGUUUGGUCCUUUGACAAAAAAAGAAAAGGUGGCUGACCCUUCGAAACAAAAAUCCGACGCCGCUACCACAACUGAGAUAGAUGUCCUCUCCACCGAGGGCCGCAACUGCGCCAAGGUCUGCCUGACCAUACUGGAGGAGUUUUAUGCAGACUUCAAUACGUUGAAAGCGCACUGUUAUACUAAAGGUGGUUGGACACAAUUACAAAUUAACACUUACGAGAAGAAUUCACUUGGUGACUUCUUCCAUAAAAGAGGAUACGAAGUCAACUCCGAGAAAGGCAAGCAGGCUGGCGAGUUGCAAGAUAAAGAUACCAAGAAGGGCACGCAUAUUAGUAGUGAUCUUCUUAUCAAGAAAAUUACCGAUGGUUCCACAUUUCCGAUUAUACAGGCGUGGAGGAAAACAAAAUAUCCAACCGUUACAAAUAGCACCGAGAUAUCUCUGUUCGACUUUGUUGACUUCAUACGCGAACUUCUUCGAAAGUACUACCAAGUAUGCCAACUUGAACAUCAUUCGUCAACUAAGGCCCCCUCAAAUAUCUAUCAGAUGCUGUGUUGGCUUUCUGGGUUCUACUUUAAUCCGAUGUACGAGAAGGUGAAGGAACAAUUUAAUGGACUUUUUGAUAAGGAUAUCAAGCAGUUAGCUGUUGUCGUACCAGACAGAGAGAAACACACAAAAACUGAAAAUCUUAAAGCUAGUGAUUUACACACUCCACUCCAACAAGUUUGUUUGCGCUCGCAACUUACACUAACCGCCAUCCUAGGUCACGGCCAUCCUGAUGGCCGUUACGCCUGCGAUUUCCGCACAAACAUCGAUAAUUUAUUGUAUCCAUAUGCUCCAUCACAGUGUUUAGACAUGCUUGUAGAUAUUUUGAAGAGAGUGUGUCAACAAACAUACUUCCUAUACCUACAAUGUAACAACAGCCGUAUUAGAGGCGGGUGGGCUGACUGCCACUAUGGCAGAUAUGUGGGUGGUUCAUCAUGGGACUGUAAUGAGAGACAGUGUCCCAACGAACAGUGUAACCUAAGACCUAACCAACGUGCUGACCAAAGUGCUAACCAAGGUACUAACCAAAAGUGUAACCAACAUCCCAAAUGCGGUGUUAAAUCACCCCUUCAGUCCUUCCUGGAGGACGGCCUUCCAGGUUUCCUACCGCAUACAUUUACCACACCUGGCUGUAAGCUGACAUGUUCCCUAGGCAAUCACUUUGGUAAACCAUGUCUUACUCCCAUGGGUUUUGCAGAUAUUGGUAUUGUAGCCUCUCAUACACAGAAAGGUGCAUUCUAA